AUGUCGCUGUACGGCGGGAUCAGCUUCAAGAGCGCAGCCAAGCCAGCAGCAGAAGCUCCCGCCGCGCCAGCUGCUGCCGCCGUCGCUCCUCCUCCUCCGCUCGACGCCCGAGGCACCGAGUCUCCCGUCGCGACGACACCCGCAGACGACAAGCCCAAGCCGGCCGCCUGGUCUGCCGCCCUACGCUUCGCCCCCACCGCUCGCAAGAAGCCCGCAACGACCUCAUCUCGCCCACCAGUCGCCGCUCUUCGUGCCGCAUUCAGCGCAGUCGACGAUGACGCCGUCGCCGCCGUGCCCGCCAACGCCGCAGGACCGCGCAUCGCCGCCGUCGGCAAGGCGAGCCUGACGGCCAACCCGGACAAGGCGCCGCCGCCGUCCAAGUGGAGCGCCGUGACGAGGACCGCCGUCGACGUCAAGCCGUUCGCCAGCUCGAGCUCGACGAGCGGCACGUCGACCCCGGCGGCGAGGACGGGCAGCCCUGCAGCCGGCGGCGCACCGACCGCGACUCGUGCCCGGCGGGUCAUCGCCGUCCCGCCCGCCAUGGUGCUCGAGGACGACGUCGGCGACGUCAACGGGUUCGCCCAGUCGGCCGCGGGCAAGAAGGCGGCGCAGGUCGAGCGCAAGCGCGGCAAGAAGCGUGGCAAGGCGAGGGACGACCCGGCGCUCGCCUUUGCCGACGUCCCGUACGACCCGGCACGACCCUGCGACUACUCCGCCUACAAGAUGCACGUCAAGCUCUCGCGAGAGCAGCGCCGCCUCGAGCGCGAGGAGGAGGAGCGUCGCCGUCGGCGCGAGGGUUCUGCAUCCGGCUCGAGCUACUACUCCGAGGACGACGAGCGCAGCAAGGAGAACGAGCCAGCCAACAAGAAGGCCCGAUUCUUCGCCCCUCCUUCCUCGUACGACGACCUCGCCCCCACCGGCUUCCCUCCCCCUUCCUCGUACGGCCCUCCUUCGGCACCCUCUCGUGACGAGACCGCCGACGAGGCGUACGCUCGUCGCGUCGCCAUGUCGGACCCGCCGCCGCGCGAGGAGACGGGCGACGAGGCGUACGCGCGCCGCGUUGCGCUGUCGAGGGGCGAGGCGCCCCCUGCGCCGGCGGCGACAAGGCCGCCCACGUUCGUCUCGUCAUCGACGGCUGCCGCACCUGCGCCGCACGGACCCGUCAUCGGCCCUGUUCAGCCCUCGAUCGGCCCCGUGCAGCCGUCUAUUGGUCCUGUCCAGCCGUCGGCCCGUCCUGAGCCGUCAACGAGCGCGUCGACGGCGAGCAUCGGGCCCGUGCAGCCGCCGGCCUUGCGCCCGCCGCCGCCGGGCUUUCACGCCUUCCCUCCUCCCCCUCCCGGCUUCGGCCCGCCGCCAGGCGUCAUGCCCCCGCCACCGGGCUUCCUCCCGCUCGGUAACGCCGCCGCCGCUGUCGCCGACCACGCUUCAGACGUGCUCUCGACCGCCGCCGUCGCCUUGCCCGCGCCUGCACUCGUCGACGAGCAGCGUCCGCCGCCACCAGCAGCUCCCGCGCCGCUCGCGCCCUCGUCUGACGCGGUCGAUGCGGCGCAGGCCAAGGCGCGCGAGAUCGCGGCGAGGCUGAGCAAGCUCGGCGGGGCGUUCUCGGCGCCGCCGCGACCUCCCGGCGCGAGCUCGAGCUCGGGUGCGGCGCUGCCGGGCUUUGCGCCCGCUUCAUCGGCUGCAGGCGGUGGAGCGGGAGCGUCGCAGGGUCAGGAGGCCGGGCCGUCGACCGAGUCCGACGGCCGCACAUUCGCCGAGCGCAUGAUGACCAAGUUCGGCUGGGAGGAGGGCAAAGGUCUCGGCGCCGACGAGUCGGGCAUGACCUCGGCCCUGUCGGUGCAGCGCGCCGUGCCCGCGCCGUCCAAGAAGGCCGUCAAGAAGGCCAAGGCGCUCGGCGAGGCGCCUCCUCCCGGCGCCGGCGCGCCCAAGGGCAUGGCUGGUCGUACCGUCGUCGUCGACGCGUCGAGGGAGCAGCGCGACGCCGAGCUGCGCGCCCAGAUGGGCGGCGACGCGAGCCGGGUCGUGCUCCUCACCAACUUGUGCGGCCGCGACGAGGUCGACGAUGACUUGCCCGGCGAGGUCGCCGAGGAGGCGAACCGGUUCGGUGUCGUCGAGCGGUGCUUCGUCUACCCGGUGCCGGGCGAGGCGAGGGACGACGAGUCGGUCCGGAUCUUCCUCGUCAUGAGUGGCCUCGCCGGCGGGUACAACGCGGUCAAGAACUUUGAGGGCCGCUUUUUCGGCGGGCGGACCGUGCGGGCGAGGUUCUACGACGAGAAGGCGUUCCACGCCGGGCGGCACGACCUGCAGCGCUCGUGACCUGCCUCCGUUUGCAAGCUCUUCUUUGCGUCGCGUC